UCGAAAUAAAUUUCUUCGACUCUUCGACGAGAGACACACACGAAAACAAAUAUUCAUCCAAGAUGAAACUGAUCAUAGCAUUCACCGCCCUUUUGGCUGUCGCCCUUGCCCUUCCACGACCACAGCAAGAAGUUGUACUCGUUAAGGAAACACCCUCCGACAAUAUCGGCCUUGGUGGUUACAACUAUGGUUACGAACUUUCCAAUGGUCAACACCAUCAAGAAUCCGCUGAAUUAAAAAAUGCUGGAAGUGAAGAUGAAGCACUCGUUGUUAGGGGUACUUUCAGUUGGGUUGACCCUGUUACCAAUCAACGAUUUGACGUCUCAUAUGUUGCCGAUGAAAAUGGUUUCCAACCACAAGGCGAACAUCUCCCAAAAGCUUGA